AAAAAAAAAAGGAGGUAGGGGCGGGGGGCAAGUGAGGGCUGAAGACAGUGAGAAUGGAUGGGCAAUGAGAACCCGUGCGAGCGAGAGAGGAAGAGGGAGUGCGUGUAUUCCAGGACUCAGCAGCGGGGACGCAGAAAGUAUUCAAGCUCACAUCAUCAAGCGCGUCGGGCAGAGCAGACUGAAGAGUAGCACUCAGAGGAAAGAAAGAAUUAACAGAAGAGGAGAAAGCCAGACAACCACCCUCCACUGGUUUUGCCCUCUCCGCUCUUCAGUCAUGAUCCCUUGGGUCCUUCUGAUCCUGUGGAUCUCCGGACAUGAGGUGAGCGCCAUGUUUUCCCAGCAGCCACAGGAUCUGGUGGUCGUGGCGGGCCAGCCUGUGACCUUACCAUGCUCCAUCCCCGGAUAUCACGGCAUUGUCCUGUGGAUCAAAGAUGGGCUUGCACUGGGAGUGGGCCGAGACCUUUCCGGCUAUCCGCGUUACACAGUGAUUGGUGACCACGGUUCAGGGGAGCAUCACUUGCGAAUCCAGCGCGUGGAGCUGAUGGAUGACGCCGUGUUCGAGUGCCAGGCUGUGCAGGCUGCCAUGAGGUCCCGUCCUGCCCGACUCACUGUGCUGGUUCCCCCAGAUGACCCGGUCAUCGGCGGAGGGCCGGUUGUGAGCCUAAGGGCCGGUGACCCCCUAAACCUGACCUGCCAUGCUGACAAUGCCAAGCCUGCAGCAUCGAUCAUCUGGAUGCGUAAUGGAGAGGUCCUUAACGGGGCCAUGUACUCCAAGGUAAGCAUAGAGGCUUUGGUGCGGGACGGCAGAAGAGAAAGCACAGUGAGCACGCUCUAUCUAUCACCUUCCAACAUCGAGACGGGUCAGCAGAUCAUUUGCAGGGCUUCCAACAAGGCGGUGCCCAACGGCAAGGAGGCCAGUGUUACAAUUGACAUCCAACAUCUCCCACUUGUCAAUCUCUCUGUGGAGCCUCAAGCUGUUCUGGAGGGCAGCCUUGUGAGAUUCCAAUGCUCUGCCAAAGCCAACCCUCCUGUUACGCUCUACAGGUGGGCCAAGGGAGGAAGCAUAAUUAAAGAGGUCUCCGGAGACACAUAUGAGGUGAUAGUGGACCACUCCUUCUUUACCGAACCAGUUUCCUGCGAGGUUACCAAUUCUCUCGGCAGCACCAAUGUCAGCCGCAAUGUCGAUGUCUACUUUGGACCUCGCAUGGCUGCAGAGCCUCAGUCCUUGCAGGUUGACCUUGGUUCGGACGCUGUGUUCAACUGUGCCUGGACUGGAAAUCCUUCUCUCACCAUUGUGUGGAUGAAAAGAGGAUCAGGAGUGGUUCUUAGCAAUGAGAACCUCUUGACACUGAAAUCUGUGCGACAAGAAGAUGCUGGGAAAUAUGUUUGCCGGGCCGUGGUCCCACGUGUCGGCGCAGGCGAAAAGGAGGUCUCUCUUACUGUUAAUGGACCACCAACCAUAUCCAGCACCCAGACUCAGCAAGCUCUGCAUGGAGAAAAGGGCCAGAUCAAAUGCUUCAUCCGCAGCACACCUCCACCAGACCGUAUUGCAUGGUCAUGGAAGGAAACCGUGUUGGAGUCUGGAACUUCUGGCCGCUACACUGUAGAGACUGUAAACACAGAGGAAGGGGUCAUUUCCACCCUCACCAUGAGCAACAUCGUCCCAGCAGACUUCCAGACCAUCUACAACUGCACAGCAUGGAACAGCUUUGGCUCCGACACUGAGAUCAUACGCCUGAAGGAACAAGGUGGGAGCCAAGAAUCCCUCCCAGUGGCUGUGAUCAUCGGCAUAGCAGUGGGAGCUUUUGUGGCCCUCAUUGUCCUAAUGGGCACCAUCGGUGCAUUCUGCUGCACUCGUUCCCAAAGAAAGGAAGCGCACCUGGUUAUGCCCUCACUGCCCGUCUCCAUCUGUGCUCACCAGAGAGAACUUGCAAGCAAAAUUAAGACAGAAAAUCUGAAAGGAGCCGUGUCGGCGAAAAAUGACAUCCGGGUGGAGAUUGUGCACAAAGACCAUAAUGCGGCGAGAGAAAACGAAGAGCACAGCUCCAUGAAACAACUGAUGGUGAGUGUUGAACGUGGAGAGUUUCAGCAGGAAUCUGUUUUGAAGCAGCUGGAAGUGUUACAAGAGGAGGAGAAGGAGUAUCAGCACAUAAAGGACCCUACAAAUGGCUAUUACAGCGUCAAUACCUUCAAAGAGAACCACACACCCACCAUGUCAGGAAAUCAGACCACCGAGGUUAGGAACCCAAGCAGCACUGGUACCCUGGGCAAGCAGCGAGUACCAACAGGCAUGUCUUUCACCAACAUCUACUCCACAUUGGGAGCGGGCUCCAACCGCCUGUACGACUACAGUCAACGCUUCGUGUUGGGGAUGGGCAGCAGCUCCAUCGAGCUGUGUGAGCGAGAGUUCCAGCGCGGCUCGCUCAGCGACUCCAGCUCUUUUAUCGACACACAGUGCGACAGCAGCAUCAGCAGCUACAGUAAGCCAGACGGCUACGUGCAGUUCGACAAAGACAGCAAGGCAUCAGCCUCCUCUUCAUCCCACUAUUCUCAGUCCUCCUCGCAAAACUCUGACCUCACUCGUCCCCUCCAGAAGCGCAUGCAGACCCAUGUCUGACCUUCUUGGGAAGGAGGGUGUUGUUAGGGAGUCUGAAGCAGCCUGGAUUGUAAGACUUUAAAAGAGUGCGCCACCAGGAAACCCUAAAGCAUCCAUGCCAUGAAUUGUUUCCUAUGGACGCCUAAAGAUGCUGGGGAUACUUGGCUUGAUGGCCUGUGAGACUUUCUUUGACUUAUUAGUUUCCCAAAAAGAAAAAAAAAUAAUGGAUGAAAAAGCCUUACUUUUCCCUCAUGCUUAUUUCAUUAGCUCCCUCUUUUUUCAACCCAUAAUUACUUGUGCCACAGAGAGGUUACUCGCCAAGAAAGGACACUAUUCAUGAGAGGAAUUUGAGCUUUUGAUUUCCACAAUCAGAUUGUUAACACAACAAAGGGCAGGACAACAAGGCUUUGUCUGACAAUCAGCUUCACUGGUUGUGAAGUUUGCUUUUUGAAGAUUGUCAUUCAAAGCGGGCAAGAUUACGAUGAGACACUGCAGAAUAAUGAGCGCAAGCUAAAGUCCUGCCACUCUUUUAUAGUUUACAGCACAACAAUGGAUGCGCUUGUGAGUUUUAUUUUUUUAACAACCGUCGUGAUUACCCCACUCCACACUUUUUACAGUUUUAAGUGAUUGCUUGCUAAAAGUGGCUGACAGUGUAGGUGGAAGUUAACUUUCUCCAUGUGCCCACAGAUGUCUCAAAUACUGAAAACAUUUGUCCUCCCCUUUACCAUGGUUGUAUCUGAGCCACAGUAAGAAACAUAAGCUGAGAUCUCAUUUUUAAUCCCAGACCCACCAUUUUACUUUGAGAUAAAACAAUAUCAGUGUACAUAUGUUACUUCUUUUCUAAUGUUUAAUUUCUGACUCUGAUUUCCCAGCCGGAUGACUCUAAUUGAGACACGAACGCCUCUUCACGUCCAUAUCUACUUUGCCUUGAGGGCCUUUUUGAACUGGGUCAUUACAAACUUUGGCUAAGUGAGAGCUUAGACAAACACUAUCAGCUCGUCUGAUGUUGGGGAGCUGCAACCACCACGAUGUUACCAUGCUUAAUCCUGCUUCAAGGCAUAUGUGGCAGGAAAGCCAAACAUUGUGACUUGUUGUUGUACCUGUGAGUUUCUCUUCCUAACAAGACACACACCAACAGCUAUAAUUGAGGGCACCUGCUGAAUGCAAUUUAAACACUAUGCUCAAACUUCUUAAAGUGUGCGGAAAUAUUAUUUGCAUCACCAUUGACACUGGAGAUGAGCGCAUUCUUACUCUCUGUGCUUGGGCAAGCACACAGGGGACAUGGCAAAAGUUUCAUUUUGCUUUACAUUUUCUUUCUUUAUUUUGUUACUGCAAGGGUUAAGACAGUGAGGACAGUUUAUGCACAAAAUGUGGAAUUAGAUUAUUGGGUCACUGAUUAUGUAUUUAUUUCAAUAGGGAACACAGCAUAUUGAUUUAUUUCAUGUUUUACUUUAUAUUUUCACACAAGCAGGUUGAUAAAUGUGUUAUAAUCCAAAUCUCCAAAUAUUUUCCGACCGAAACAAAGUCAUAACAGACGGAAAUAGCUAUUUUGGAGUCCUCAAAUCUGGCUGUUCUCAUAUAAAUUUGUGCACAGCAGAUGCUCUAAUGAUGGAGGCAAAAACUUUGCCUAUUUUUUUUAAUUUUGUUUUAAUUUAGCCUCAGCUAAAUCACACAACUAAAAACUGCCACCUAUUGUUGUUUACCCUAUUCUUUGUCAAUUUAAACUAGCAGGAACCAAUAGCAAACAAACAGCAGGAGCGAUACAGAGUUCCACAUAACAUUUGAUAAAAACAAAAGAAAAGAAUCAUGCGCUAUGACUUUCAUGGGUUCUUCCAACUGAUUUCAUCAGUUUAUUAAAAGACAAAGAGCAUUUCUGGGAAGCAUAAAUGGAUCAGAGACUUUACUGAAAGAACAGCAGCUCAUUGUGUCCACUUUGUUUUGUCAAAGCACAGCACAAAAAAAAACCAAUAUCAGGACGUUUUUGGAUGUUGUGCAGCAGUCAGAGCUUGAAAUGAUUUUGGAUGAGCAUAAAACUAUUAAAUCUGUUUCGACCCAUGAAAUAUCAAGCAUGCUAUGUUGCGGAGAAAAGGCAAAUUGUUGUUAUAAGCACUUUACAUAUGAUUUUAUUCAAGUCAUUUCAAUAGUUUUCCACAUGAGUGCCAGUGGUUUGAACUAAUUUUACAAAUGGAUUGGUGCCCAUUGUACAGCUUAAGACAAAAAGCUCUGUCUCAAUGCUGAUAAUCCAGCUUGGCACUUAGCAGACUGUAUAUAAAUCUCUAAUCCUGUCUCUCUCUGUAUAUAUAUUUUUUCCUGGUUUUUCUGUCUUUUUUUUUUUUAUGCAGAAUUCAAUGCAGCAUAUUCGAGCUCGACAAACACGUGGCAAAAGAACUGCACAGACAGACAAUCUUUUUUUUUUUCUUUGUUUCAUUUUCAAAAGUUUAAUCAACACUGCUUGUUUUGGAAAAAUUACAUUAAAGGCUUGUGUGCGCAGUUUUCUCUAUCAAAAAAAAAUGUGACUCUGGGUGCGCCAAGAACAUAGAGAGGUAAGAGAAGAGCUUAUCUGGGACAGCUUUGAAGUGAGAGGCAGUAAGAGGUUAUUAUUCCUUCAGUCCCUCGGAGAGAUGCCCAGUCGUAUUUUGGGCUUGGCACCAUGAAGACUGUCAAGUAUGGCUGGCCACUUUUUUAUUUAUUUUUCCAAGAAUUUAUAAGCAUAAGCCCUUUGUUCCCUUGAUAUCUGCAGCAUUCAAUCAUGAUGGGAUUUGCAACAGAUAGGUUUAUAAAAAUACAAAAAAAUUGGUGCAUAUAAUUCUUUGAAGACCCACUCCAAUAAAAAAUUGUGUUUUUGGUUUUGUUAACAUGUUAAUGUGAAAUUUUUCUCAUGAAGGAGAAUAUUUAUAGGAAAUUUGAGAAUACUUUUGCAUUUCUGUGUAUUUCCUUAUUCAAAUCAUUGUGAAUCAGGAGCGGAUGUUGAAGGAAAAAACUUGUAGCUGAGAUGUAGGUGCCACAGUUGGUGGGCCACAAGGUCCCAGCUCUGCUCCACUUUGAUGCAUUCACUUGUGGACACACACAAAAAAAAAACCAUCUAUGUAUGUCUUUGUUUUCCCUCGUCAAAGCUGGCUCAAAAAUGCACUACUGGAUAGCUCCAAUAUUGCUGGCCAUUUUUGUCACACACCUAAUGCUAAGUUAGGGUUUUGAGAGGCUGUAAGCUAGUGGGAGCGAGUGUAACCAGAAGGAUGUUGGGAAGUAAGGGCGGGCAUGUUCCACGUCAACAGUCCUGCCACAACUCAGAGGCAAUUGAAAUAAAAAAAAAAAAACAACACAAGUUUUUAGAUGUGGGCUAAAAAGGGUCAAAUUUAUUUCACACAUUGUUUGACACAAUGUCUUUUCUAGUCAAAAACACAUGCACAAAAAAUGAAAUAAAGGCAAGCCUUCUGGCCAAUCUACCAGGAGUGUCUAGAGCGACAGUCCUCCAGUCUGUGGAUGUUGCGGUGUUAGAAAUGCGGCCUAUGUGAGGAAAAAGUGUGCUCCUCUCACCUGUGGAUGCCUGGCCUACUUAUGCUGGCACCGCCUGUUUGUCUGGCGACAAGCACAGCACAGAUGCCAGGGCAGAACAGAUGAUUAAACACGGGGACCCAGAACAAUUACAAGAGGUCGCUGCCCUUUCCUGAUAAAACAGAACAACCCAUCCAGAGGAGACGACUCAGGCCACUUUAGUAUUUAGAGACACUAAGGGGGAAAAAAACAGUGAAGAAUCACAAAGAAGCUUUUUCUAAGGUGAGAACCAAAAUUGCUCCUUUAGCAGAAUUAUGUUUUGUUUACACGACCAUGUGUAUAUUUUGGUUUUAAAAGGGUUUAAGAUGCCCUUUGUGUUUGAGAGGUGUUAAUGUUCACAAUGGGAUGCAUUGAGCAGGUGCCAUUUCAACCAUGGAAUUGAUCAUAAUAAGCCUUUCAUAGAUGUAUAAACGCUUUUUGUCUUUCUGUCACUUUUUUCUUUCCUUAAAAUCGAUACCUUGUUAGUACUUUAAUAACACGCAACUGUAUGACCUGGGCUGUGUAGUGUUUUAGAAACAAUCUUCCGAUUUUGCUUUAACUUUCAGGGCACAUGGGUAAUCGAUGGGGUUUGGCUUGCAGCAACGUGGUUUCUCGUGUAUAAUAAGUCAGACAAGAAAGCUGGAAGCAUCACGGAAAAGCCUCUAAAAGGGAUUGGGUAAAGUGUUGUACUACAAAUAUAGUGAAUUAGUCACAAACACCCAGGUCACAGAUCAGAAAAAGUACUUUCUGUGGAUGAUCAUUUCAACAGUUGUAUAAACAAUAACCAUAAACAUACAGUAUGUGCAAGAAGAAGAUAAUGUGUAAAUUAUCUUAGGUAAUCCACUAUUUUCAGGCACUGGCCAUCUGUGUCUAAGAAAAAAAAAAUAAAAAACAGGAAAAAACAGUUGUAUUUGAACUGUCCUGGUCUGUGAAUCUUUGAUGCUUUUGCUCUGUAUAUUUGGAGAAUAAAACUGAUGUUUGAGUUUG